AUGUUGGAAGACUUGGAGAUGCUGGAAGAUGUGGAGAUUCUGGAAGACAUGGAGAUGCUGGAAGACAAGCAGAUGCUGGAAGCCCUGGAGAUGCUGGAAGACCUGGAAGUGUAGGAAGACAUGAAUUUUCUCGAAGACAUGGCUUAGUUGGAAGACGUAGAUUUUCUGGAAGACGUGGCUUUGUUGGAAGACGUGACUUGGUUGGAAGACGUGGUUUUGUUGGAAGACGUGGAUUUUCUGGAAGACGUGGCUUUGUUGGAAGACAUGGAUUUUCUGGAAGACGUGGCUUUGUUGGAAGACGUGAGUAUGCUGGAAGACAUGAAUUUGAUGGAAGACACAGCUUUGUUGGAAGACAAGGAUUUGCUGGAAGCCAUUGAUUUUCUGGAAGCCAUGGAUUUGAUGGAAGACGUAGAUAGUUUGGAAGACCUGGAACUGAUUGGAAGAUAUGGAUUUCCUGGAAGACAUGGAUUUUCAGGAAGACCCGAAUUGUCCGGAAGAUCUUGAUUGUUUGGAAGAUGUAGAUUUGCUGGAAGACCUGGAGAUUUGCAGAAGACGAAGAUUAAGUGGAAGACAUGAAUUUUCUGGAAGACGUGGCUUUAUCAGAAGACCUGGAUUUAGUGGAAGACAUAGAUUUUGUCUGGAAGACGUGGAUUGACCAGAAGACUGGAUUUGGUGGAAGACAUGGAUUGGUUGGAAGACCUAAAUUUUUCCGGAAGAUAUAUGGACUUUGUGGAAGACCUACAAUUGCUGGAAGACUGGAUUUGCUGGAAGGCAUGGAUUGUCUGGAAGGCGUGGUUUGUCCGGAAGACGUGGAUUGUCUGGAAGACAUGGAUUUUCUGGAAGACUGGGAUUAGCUGGAAGACCUUGAUGUUGUUGGAAGACUUGUAA